UCGACACCUGUUUCGAUCAUUUAGGAGACGGGAUCCUUUAAGAAUGAUCUAAAUUGUGUUGAAGGGGGCGAAAAAAAUUACAAUGACGGCGUAGACCCGACCCACCCGUGUGCAGGCUGUGUUGUCGAAUGUGUCCUCCGCUGAAGGCCAUAAAGGUCACCAGGACAAGAUAGUGCCGGAAAUAUAUCAAACGGACUGGAGAAACUGCUCCUGUGUGGAAAGAUAGGGUGAAAGAAGAGCAGAAGAAGAUAAAGUGAAACAACAUACACAUAUUGCCUGAACAGCUUUGAAACUAAUAACACAAAGAGAAAAACCGAGCCGAUCAAGAAGACAGACAACAGGAAGGAAUGGGGUACCAUGAUCGUCUAUGUCUGCUCCUGGCCUGACACUUGAAGAAGAAGUGCUUUAAAGCAGAAACUCAAACCAGGACACGAUGACCAACAUGUGUCAAUAGUGCGGUAAAACAUAAACUCAAACAAGGAUGACCAACGUGUGCCUGUAGUGCCGUAAAGUAUAAACCAGGACACGAUGACCAAAUUAUGUCGACAGUGCCUUAAAGCAUAUACUCAAUGUCAAACCGGGCACUCGUGACCUUAUGUAGCUGCGAGCACAGUAAAACUCGUACCUAACCAAAACUUAAACCAAGGUGCGAUGACCAAAUUGUGUCGAUAGUGCCGUAAAGGAUAUAUACUCAAACUCAGACUGCUCACACAUACGACCUUAUGUAGUUGCGAGCGCCGUAAAACUCUUACCAAACCAGAACCCGAUAAGGACCGCAGGAUGUCGAUGUACAGGAGGACCAUGCGGCAAAAGAGCAAACAGAAGCGGCCAAAAUCCAUGAACAGCCUGGACGACCGCGGGCGCCUUUCGCUUUUAGGUCAGUUGGCCGAGAGUUCGAAUCAUCCCGCUGACGACAGUUUGUUUCUCGGCGUGGUGUCUUCGUUCGCGGGCAUGAGCCGGUCACGUUCCGAGAGCAGCAGCUACGUAAGCGGUCGGUCGUCCUCCUCUUCCUCCAUAGCAGCGGCCGUGUUCGCCGAGCGGAGGUCUUCACAGCAGGCCGAAGGCUCGCCGGACGCACUAGGUUACCAGGUUCCACGCGGCAGCACACUGUCAGGCUCCAGAUGGAACGGUGGCUCCUCGCUGUCGAACGUUUUGCCAGUCACGGCGCGGAAGACAAAGGUGUCUCCGGAAUCGCCAGCCUCUGGGACGUCCUCCUCACGCUCCCCAUGCCUGCCGUCUUCAUCGUCGUUGUCGUCUUCAUCGGCAGCAUCGUCGUCCCGGGGAAGUUUCUACAGGUCGAGAGAUCCUGCAGGUACCGCUUACCCAUCCGUCACGACCUCUCUCGCUUCCUCGUCUACCCAGCUGCCCACCUACAACGGUCGGGGCCGUUCCCCGACGGCGUUGUCUUCGUCAUCAUCGGCCGGGAGAAGACAGUUAGUUUCCUCAGACGGUCAGCUUCAGUGUUUGUCGGACGGAUGGUCAGUUGCGUCCUCUGUCAGUCGUAGCGCUGACGUCGCUGGGAGUUCCUCGCGUAGAUCUGUAAAAUGCCUCUCGUGGCAUCUGGAUCACAGCUCUCGGAGGGAGUGCCUGCCUCUGGAGUUUUCGGAAGAUGACGGCGGCCCACGCAGCACCCCAUCUUUCGUGUCUAGUAGAGUUUCACACUCGAACCAAAUUGUCCCGAGCGGCGGCGGUCAGCACACGAGAUCUUUGAGGUGCCUGAACUCGCCAACAUCGUCAGGCCGAGUGACGAGUGCGGUUCCUUGUUGCGAAACGCCGAGUGCUCCACUUUUCGGACAAGACACGGGCCGGUCUCGCUCCCCGUCCACCCAGACGUGCAGGGCGGCUAUGGUCAUCGGUGUGUCCACUUCAACGUCGAACAAGGUCAAGGAGGCGGUCAACGUGGAAACUUCGGUGAGUCGAGGAGUGUCUGAUACGCGUGGAGGUAUGUCAGGCUCCGUCAUGCAUGCAGAAAGCGAACCAACGCCUGUGUGUGGCAUGGGUGAGUGCAGGUCUGUGACUUUAUCCGUUGUAGAGGGGAAUAAAGCUAUCCCAGAGACCACCAGUCCUUCCUCCUGUUGUAGGCGCCCCUACACGAGUAACAAGGGUCGUUCGCGUGACGCAGGAACGGUCACUACCAUGUCUUCGGUCACCGUGUCCACCACGGGGGAGUCCUGCUCUGUCACCCGUCGGAACCAGGGCUGUGUCCACAAGAGUGUGACCAUCACCUCCUUCGCUGACCAAACCUUAAAGGGCACACAAGAAACUAAUGAUUUGAGCGGUUGUUCGGCGUACAGGAGAAGCUUUUCAGAUCCUACACACGUACUGUGGGUCCCCCACUACGUCAAAGACGGGCGGUCUGGAGGCUCCACUGACGAUACAUUUGGCGCGUUUUACCAACGGAGGGAUUUCAGAAAUACUUGCCCACCGCCAUCAGCGGACCGGCGAGUGCCACUGAGCGUGGAAACAUCUCACCCGAAUAUUACACACGCCAGAGGUUACAGGCCAGUAAGUUUAGAGAAUGGUAAUAUUAAUGAUUCACGUGUUUUGGAUGGAUGGGACUAUUCGAGAACGAUCGAAAUGAACAUCAGGGACGAAAGGGAAUCAUCAUCGCCUGCUCAUGGGAACGCAAAUGGCGCCGGUCCUUCUGCUGUUGUUGAAAGCAAACAAGGAGAGUCGUCUGGGAGAUUGGAGAAUAAUGAGAAUCAUUCUAGAAGUGCCGCUUCUCCUUCGUGUGUGGUCAAACAAAACAACAACCCUACCACUGUGGUCAGGCAUGACGCGUCGUCAUUGUCAUCGUCGCUGGCCGUGUUGCUGAGUGACCCAUGGUCGUCCAGCCAGGUGGGGGUUAUCUCCCUGGAGGAGAUCCUGCUGACCAACCUGCACACGGUGCGGGAAAAGAUGCGCGGCGGCGCCGAGAUGGUGCUCACCAAGAGAAUGGCCGAGGUGUUCCGAUGCGUCAUCUGCAUGGAGAAGCUUCGAGACGCCCGCCUGUGCCCUCACUGCUCCAAGCUCUGCUGUUUCCCCUGCAUUCGGAGAUGGCUUACAGAGCAGAGAUCCCAGUGCCCGCACUGCAGGGCCUCUCUACAUAUCCAUGAGCUGGUUAAUUGUCGGUGGGCGGAGGAGGUGACGCAGCAACUGGACACACUACAGCACGCCGCCCCCACGCCACGCGGGGACGGGGCAUCUGGCUGGAAAGAGUUCUGUUUGGAACAUCAAGAAAAACUGAGCGUAUAUUGCUGGACGUGCAAACAGUGUAUCUGCCAUCAGUGCGCUUUGUUUGGGGGAACGCAUUCGGGCCAUGUUUUCAAGCCACUGGAUGGUAUCUACGAGGAACACAAGACAAGAAUUACCUCAGACCUCAGCCAGAUAAAAUCUCGGCAUUCUGAACUUCUGUGCCAAGUGCAGGACUUGGAGCGCAACAUCGACAGUGUGAAGAACGCUAAAGAUGAACGAGUCAGGGAGAUACGCAACGCCGUUGAGCUGAUGAUUGCCAGGCUGGAAGCUCAACUCAAGAGCAAGCUCCUCACCUUUGUGGGUCAACGCAACCAGCUGAGCCAGGAGGUAAGCAUGUGGGAGAUGACCAUCAAGAAACUGGAGUCGGUGCUGCGGGAUGCGGGGAAGGCGGAGCUGGUGAUGCGCAGCAAGGACCUGCUGGAAGUGAUGCGCCAGGCCCACAGACAGUCCACAUCCUCUUUUGUUACCACGCCCGUCCCCACCGACUUCACCAGCGAAAUUGUUCCUCAGUACGACUCCAGCACCUUUGUGAUGAAAAACUUCACUCUCCUGCAGCAGCGAGCAGACCCCGUGUACAGCCCUCUCCUGUCGGUGCACGGCCUCAACUGGAGGCUCAAAGUCUAUCCAGAUGGGAAUGGAGUUGUCCGUGGCCACUAUCUCUCCGUCUUUCUGGAACUUUCCGCAGGUCUCCCUGAGAUGUCGAAGUAUGAGUAUAGGGUUGAAAUGGUGCACCAAGCUUCUCGAGACUGGUCCAAGAACAUUGUCAGGGAAUUUGCCUCCGACUUUGAGGUUGGAGAAUGUUGGGGCUACAACCGCUUUUUCCGGCUGGACCUUCUGGCCACCGAGGGUUAUCUCAAGGCCGACUCAGACACCCUGGUGCUACGCUUUCAGGUGCGACCUCCAACCUUCUUCCAGAAGAGCCGUGAUCAGCAGUGGUAUAUCAGCCAGUUGAAAUCUGCCCAGGCACAGUAUAUUCAGCAGAACAAUGAACUCAAAGACCGUCUUAGGUUGGAACUUUCACGCAACUCCAGCAAGUCUCCAGGCAAAAGAGCAAAUAUGCUGGCUAUGGUGGACUCCAGUAUCCCCUUGAUGGAAUCGCACGGCAUGGCUAGUUCAACAGACACCGCAGCUGCCUCUGCCAUGGCCACAGCCUCCCCCUCACACCCGUCCUCCCCCUCCUCCUCCUCCUCCUCCUCCUCCUCCACUGCCACCACCCCGACCAUCUCCUCCCCGCACACCAAACACAACGCGGAGAGGGACUCGCGGCCGGAGGAAGAGGGGUCUGAAAACGCCAACAGCAGUGACUCGGAGGAGGAGAGCGAUUCCGAUGCUACGGACUACAACGAGGUGCUCAACUCUUCGGAGAUGGACCUUGAAGAGCUCUCCAUGGACGACCUGGUGCAGGCCAUCGGCGAGGCAGACAUCAACGCUGAUGAGAAUGGCAUGGACGAGGAGACCUUGUCUGUGGACAAUGACGUAGACCACGCCCUGGAGUGGACCAACAACGACGUGGACCAGUUACUGGAGUUGGGCGGGGCUGUAGGGGGCGUGCCCUCACAGUCAGCCCACGGUGGGAUACAGUCAGCCAGCGGGACUCGGGGGAUGAAGGGCUCCAACAACCUCUCUCAGCCACCGUCCAGUGUGAAGAAAGAUGACGAGGCGUCUCUGCUUCAGUUUCUAGAACAACAUUCCUCUCAGCGGUCAAACAACUGGUCAUCACACCUGCACGAGGCUUUCAAGCGCCAUGCGGAGAACAUAGCUCCCAUGCCACCCCUGACAGAGAGCAGUGGAGACAGCACGCGCUGGACCAACUGGCUGGAAGGACUCGAACUCGACAAGCCCUUCAGCAACAGCGACAAGAGCCUGGUACCCAUCCCACCCAACCACCCCCCUGGAACGGCUGCCACGGCCGCUGUUGGUGGGGACGCCAUGGGUAGAGAGCUGCGCGGAAUGACAGGUGCUGGCCGCGCAGCGGCAAACUUGGAAAGGGGCGGAGCCAGUGCCUUGACAGAGGGCGGGGCCCAGGCUGGGGGAGGAGACGGAGCCCGCAAGUCUGCCGAAGAUGUGCUGGAGCAUUUCCAACAGAGGUUCACAGAACUGGCAGCAUCGACAAUAGCAGCAGCCAAUGCGGCAGUCACCAACGAAACAGAAGCCCGCAAGUACAGAACUGGUAAGAAAUCCAAAUACGCCCUCCAGGCCAUCGUUCAGCCGUUGCGGAACUCUUUAGAAUCGGCCGGCCCGAACAACAGGCCCGAGUCUGCGCAGCAUGACUCGCACACCGCAGCUGCCCUGGGGCCUCCGAGACAAGGAUCGUCUGCUGCUGCCACCACCAAUGUGGCUAGUAUGUCAGAACUGGACGCCAGCCUGGAGAGCUUGAUGACCUUGGAGGAGUUUGACCUACAUUCCGACCAGGCCUCUGCCGCUCCAGCCUCGCCAGCUGUGCAACCCAGAAUGUUAAAAGCCGAGCCAGAGUCAGAGCGUAAGUCACGGAAGAGAGAGGGCAAGGAGAAGUCUCCCAAACAUAGCUGCUGUGCCUCGUCCAAGAAAGACAACAACCUCCAGACGUGGGCCUUUAACUUCUUGAAACACAACAAAGAGGAUAAAAAGGACAAAGAGAAGAUACCGGGGUCGGUGCCCAAACCUCUGCCCACCCCGCAGAACUCGGGCUCUGGGACUAACAACCUCCCCUAUGCCUCCAAUCCUUUGAGCGGCGGUGGCGGUGCUGGUAGUAACUCACCACCGUCAGCUUCUAGCGUUGAUGACGGUACCGUAACUGCUAAUGCUGGGGCAGCUGCUACUGUCCCAACGCACUCGUUUGUCGUGUCGCCCGGGGAAUCUGUGGUGAUUGGCUACUGUGGGAAUCUCAGCACGGGCAACAACAUCAGCAUCAACGUCAGCAGCAACAACAACAACAGCAACAACAGCGAGAGCGGCGGCACUGGAAUGGUGGCGUCGGGUGGAUCCGGGGGUUCGAAUCCUCUGGUGGAGUUUAGUAGUCAGACGUCCAGUGAAGACAGGUCAGAGAGCCCAGAUGACGCCUCCGUUGUCUAGAGACUGGAGUUGAAAAACAGGCAGUUGGGAUGGAAGGAUUCUCACGCAUGCUCCGAGAACUGUGUGUGUGGGUGUAUGUGUGUGUGUGUGUGUGUGUAUGUGUGUGCGUGGGUGUGUGUGCGUGUGUGUCUGUGUGUAGAAUCUGUGUUUUUAGCUGCUUGGAAAACAUAUCCUCCACACAAUACAGAAACUACAGGUCUGCACUGUGUAGCUGCUGUUUUCUCCUUCAACGAAUGUCUACAAAGAAUCUCUGGGAAACAAGUGCAUGAAGCUGAAGUACAAUCGAAGCUGUCUAAGAUGACCACCCAACGCCGAGGAGAAAAGUGGUCGUCUUAGUCUGGUGGCAGUCUUACACAAUGCCAUUAUAAUGUAAAAAAAAAAAUACAUAA